AUGAGUUGCUCGUGCCGUAUAGCCGCAUGGCGGACGUUUGCCCGGGGCCUUGCGCAGAUUCAUCGACCGGAAGCUUCGACAGCAGCGCAGUUCCAUCGUCGCGUGACAGCGUUUGGACAGAGUCGCGGAAUUCAGGCUUCGAAAUUUCACAGACAGGAUGGAGGGGCCACGGCGGUAGUUGUGGAAAGAAUUGAAGAGGUGGAAUCGCAAUCGCAGGGAACGGGCACAGUUGUGGAAGAUGCACGUGCGGCUACGACGAAACCUUUGGGCGAGACACCUCUGCGUGGAGAUGUCGGGACGGAUAAGCAGCCAGUUGAGAGAACCCGGGUGAAGAAGGAUAGGCAUAGAGACAGAAGGGCUGUUGCUUCGAAUCACGCAGAGUCAUCUAUGGGCGAGAAGGAUGAAUCACACGACAGGACAUCAAUAGCAAGACGAGAGCGAAAAGCUGUAUCGACAUCCAGAGAUUCACCAGUCGCAGACUCCGCAGACGCCUCUCCCACAUCAAGGCGCAAGAACCAAGAACCAUGGCAGCUCCAAAAAGCAGCCCUCAAAGAGAAAUUCCCCGAAGGCUGGCAGCCGCGCAAACGCCUCUCCCCAGACGCCCUCGCCGGCAUCCGCGCCCUCAACGCCCAGUUCCCCGAAAUCUACACGACGGAGGCCCUGGCAGACAAGUUUCAAGUCUCGAGCGAGGCCAUACGCAGGAUCAUCAAGAGCCACUGGCGGCCGUCGUCGAUGGAGGAGGAGGACCGGCAGCAGCGGUGGUUCCGGCGCGGCAAGCAGGUGUGGGAGCAAAAGGCCGCGCUGGGGAUCAAGCCGCCGCAGAGGUGGCGCGUGGAGGGCGUCGCGCGGGAUCCGGGCUAUCAUGAAUGGAGCAAGAAGGUGUCGCAGCGGGAGAGGGAGUGGGAGGAGGAGGAGAAUCGCAAGUAUCGGGCGCAUUUGGAGAAGAGGAAGAGGAAGAAGACGGAGUUUACAAAGGGGUGGUGA